GGGGGGGUGACCCGUGCGCUAGGCGUCUCCAGGGCAGCGGCGAAGGCAGGGGCAGAAGCGGGGGCCGUGAAGGGCCAUGGCUGAGCUGGCUCCGGUAACAAUGACAUUUGAUGAUGUGGCCUUAUAUUUUUCGGAACAAGAGUGGGAGAUCCUGGAGAAGUGGCAGAAGGAAAUGUAUCAGCAAGUGAUGAAGACCAAUUAUGAGACUCUUGAUUCCCUGGGUGGUGUUUUUUCCAAGCCAGAUUUGAUCACUUGGAUGGAACAAGGGAGAACGCUGUUAAUCAGAGACCAGGGACCCUUGGAGAAAAGAAUGACACUUAGCCCUUCUGCUGAUGAGCAGUGCAGCACGCAGGAGACUCGAAAGUUGCUGUAUUUUGGUGACCAAGGAAAUCUUGGGGCAGAAGAGGAGGAAUGCUGUUCAAAUGGCCUCCAAAAGCAGGGUUCGCGUGCUACCUUCCCAAGGGAGGAAAGAAAGAUCUUACCAAAUCAAAGAGCCACCUUAUGGCACCCAAGUCUCCAAGAAAUAGGGAUUCCACAUGAAAACCUUGACGUCAUAUCCUCUAAUCGGGAUAAGAACGAUCCAUGGCCUACGCUGGUAGGUCCCCCAGGUCACUUGGAAAUUCCACCGGGGCCAAGAUUUUAUUCCUGUUUUGUCUGUAGGAAGGUCUUCCAGGUAAAGAGAGACUUGGUAAAGCACAAAAGAAACCACGCCAAGAGCCAGCUCUGUAAAUAUCCACAGCACAAAAAUGAAUCCAGAGGGAGCUCUGAACGCCGAUGGAACCGGCCGGUCUUGUGUAAGAAGAAGCGUUUCCGGUGUGGCAAGUGCGAGAAGAGCUACUAUCUGAAGUGCAGCCUGAUCAUUCACCAGGUUGUUCACGUGGGCCAGCGCCCCCUCCCGUGCCCCCAGUGUGACCAGACCUUCCAGUUUAGAGCCGCUCUGAAGAAGCAUCUGUGUUUGCACAAAAGGGAGAGACCAUUUUCCUGUGAGCGGUGCGGCAAGGGUUUCGUCUCGCGGUGCAAGCUCACGGAGCACCUCAGGGUGCACACCGGGGAGAAGGCUUUCCGGUGUCCAGAGUGUGACAGAAGCUUCCGCCUGCGGAGGAGUUUGAAGGCCCACCUUUGCCGACACAAUGGGAAGAAGCCUUUCCGUUGCCCGGAGUGUGGCAGAAGCUUUUCCCGAAAGGCUGCCGUGAAGGCCCACCAGAGGAUCCACGGUGGAGAGAAGCCGUUUUCUUGUGACGAAUGUGGUCGGAGAUUCACGCACAAGACGAAACUCGCUGAACAUACCAGAGUUCAUACGGGAGAGAAGCCCUUCCAGUGUCCCGAGUGUGAGAAGAGCUUCCGCCUGAAGAGAAGCCUCAAGGCCCAUCUAUUUCAGCACAGCGGGAAGAAGCCCUUCCAGUGUCCCGAGUGUGACAGGAGCUUCUCUUGGAAGAACGCCAUGAAGGCCCACCAGCGUUUACACAGCGAGGAGAAGCCGUUCUCCUGCGGGGAGUGUGGCAAGAGGUUUACCCGGCCCUCGAAGCUUGCUCGCCAUAGCAGAGUCCACGACAGGCAGAGGGAGUUCUCCUGCGGCGAGUGCAAAAAGACGUUCCCUCGGCAGUCGAGGCUCACGGAGCACCUCAAGGUCCACGCCAAAGAAAAGCCGUUCUCCUGUCCCGAGUGCAGCCGGAGCUUCAGCCGACACUCGCACCUCGCCGAGCACAGGAGGCUUCACGGUGGGGAGGAGCCUUUCCGGUGUCCUGAGUGUGACAAGAGCUUCUUCUGGAAGGCCUCCCUGAAGUUCCACCAGCGGAUACACAGGGGCGAGAAGCCGUUUGCGUGCAGCGAGUGCGGGAAGACCUACACCCAGCAGUCUCAGCUCACCGAACAUCAGAGACUCCACAGCGGAGAGAAACCCUUCCGGUGUCCUGAGUGCCAUAAAAGCUUCCGUCUCAAAGGGAAUUUGAAAAGCCACCUGCUCCAGCACAGUGACAAAAAGCCGUUCUCCUGCGUUAAGUGCGGCAAAAGUUUCACUCAGCGGUACAGGCUCACCGAACACAUUCGAGUCCAUAGUGGUGAGAAGCCCUUCCGGUGUCCCGAGUGUGACAAGAGCUACUGCAUACGGGGAAGCCUGAAGGUCCACCUGCACACGCAUAGUGGAGAGAAGCCCUUCGGGUGUCCGGAAUGUGGCAAAGGCUUCCUCCAGAAGAGAAGUCUGAAGACCCACCUGCACCAUCACAGAGGGGAGAGGCCUUUUUCUUGUGACGAGUGUGGAAGGAGCUUUACGUACAUGGGAGCACUCAACACCCAUAUGGCCGUACAUGCCAGGGCAAAGCCCCUCAGUGUCUAGGCCAAGCCACGCAGAAAGGCGGCAGUGACAGCUCUUAGGUGGCGUUAGCAGCUCUGUCGGAUCCACGGUAGAAGGGGGAUAAGGGAUUCACGGGACACCGGCCUCACAUACGCUGGCCAGAUGCACAGCAGGCAGGGCGUGACAGCUCCUUGACAAAGGUCCCCAAUUAUCCAGGCACAAGAGGCAUCUCCCCUCUGUGAUUCCUGUGGACCAGGCCUGCCGGUUCUGGAAGAAACACUCGACUCUGCCGCCAUUCCGGCAGUUUUUAGCAGCGUCAUCCAAGAGCAUAGUAAUACCUUUAUUAAAUUCUGAAACCUUGGGGCACCUGGGUGGCUCGGUUGAGUGGUUGAUUUCAGCUCAAGUCAUGAUCCCGGGGUCGUGGCAUCGAGCCCCGCGUCGGGCUCUGCGCCGAGCUUAAAGCCUGCUUAAGAUUCCCUCUCUCUUUCCCUCUGCCCCUCUCCCCCACUCGCGCGCGCUCUCUCUCAAAUAACAAUAAAAGAAAUUCCGAAACCACA